AAUCACAGAGCUUCACCGGGCAGCCUUUGCUGCAGUACGCUGAUUACCACUUUCUUAGCAUCCAGCAAGAUUCCACAGCAGCAAGCACUUGGAGCAGACUCUGCAAGGGAGCUUGUUUAAGGAGUACGUGACUAAAGAAUUGGGUUAUUCUUUAACUGCAGGAGAAGUACCUGUAGUUUCUCCACACAGAUCACCUCCUGGGUUUUUUGCAUUCUUAAUUUAUUGGAGCUUUUGUCCCCCUUUCUUUUUUUGCAAAUAUUCUUAUUACUUAUUUAUUAUUCACCCCCCAAAUCUGUGCUGCAUCACUAGCUCUCAUUAUGCUGUGCUCAGUAGCCCAGUCUGUUCUCCGCCUCUGCUAGGCAGUGGCAGCAUGGAUGGUGCUCUUGUGACGACCUCUGCUGAUUCUAUCAGUCCACUGCGGAUAGGCAUGCUGAGUAAUCCUGCUGUAAAUGGGCGAGGACACGGACACACGAAAAAUUAACCACAGCUUUCUUCGAGACCACAACUAUGUGACUGAAGCUGAUAUUAUUUCUACAGUUGAGUUCAAUCACACUGGAGAACUACUGGCUACUGGGGACAAGGGAGGUCGGGUAGUUAUAUUCCAAAGGGAACCUGAGAGUAAAAAUGAGCCUUACAAUCAGGGGGAGUACAAUGUUUACAGCACGUUCCAGAGCCAUGAGCCUGAAUUUGAUUAUUUGAAGAGUUUGGAGAUAGAGGAAAAAAUAAACAAGAUCAAGUGGCUACCACAGCAGAAUGCAGCCCACUCCCUUCUGUCAACAAAUGAUAAAACUAUCAAAUUGUGGAAAGUUACUGAACGAGAUAAGAGACCAGAAGGAUACAACUUAAAAGAUGAAGAAGGGAAACUUAAAGAUCUGUCUACCGUAACAUCACUACAGGUUCCUGUAUUGAAACCUAUGGAUUUGAUGGUAGAAGUCACCCCCAGGAGAAUCUUUGCUAAUGGUCACACCUAUCAUGUCAACUCAAUUUCUGUCAACAGCGACUGUGAGACAUACAUGUCAGCUGAUGAUCUCAGGAUUAACCUCUGGCACUUAGCAAUCACAGACCGGAGUUUCAACAUUGUAGAUAUAAAGCCAGCCAACAUGGAAGACCUGACGGAAGUGAUUACUGCAUCCGAGUUUCAUCCCCACCAUUGCAAUCUCUUUGUCUACAGCAGCAGCAAAGGAUCCUUGAGACUCUGUGACAUGAGGGCAUCAGCCCUCUGUGACAAACAUUCCAAACUUUUUGAAGAACCGGAAGACCCCAGUAACAGAUCGUUUUUUUCAGAAAUUAUCUCUUCAGUGUCGGAUGUUAAAUUCAGUCACAGUGGCCGAUAUAUGCUAACAAGGGAUUACCUCACUGUCAAAGUUUGGGAUCUGAACAUGGAAACGAAGCCUAUAGAAACAUAUCAGGUCCAUGAUUACCUUAGGAGCAAGCUGUGUUCCCUUUAUGAAAAUGACUGCAUCUUUGACAAGUUUGAAUGUGCAUGGAAUGGAUCAGACAGUGUUAUUAUGACAGGUGCAUAUAACAACUUCUUUCGAAUGUUUGACCGAAACACCAAGCGGGAUGUUACCUUGGAGGCAUCCCGGGAGAGCAGUAAGCCACGAGCCAUUCUAAAGCCCCGCCGAGUCUGCGUAGGGGGCAAGCGAAGGAAAGAUGACAUCAGCGUCGACAGUUUGGACUUUACAAAGAAGAUCUUGCACACAGCCUGGCACCCAACUGAGAACAUAAUUGCUAUAGCAGCGACAAACAAUCUGUACAUAUUUCAGGAUAAAGUGAACUCAGAAAUGCACUAGAUUGAUCAAUACCUUUCUGUGUUUAUAAACCAGCCUUUUGAGAGUUGUAGAAGGACAUGAUCUUCACAAAAGUGUGGUCAUUGUGGUGGAAUUUCUAGAUUCCCUCCCUCCACCCUCAGUCUGUAUCAUUGUUGGUGGCAACCAACUGUUUUAAAUCACUGCAACUGUAUAAUUGUCUAAGUAAAAAGGCACUACUGUGAAUUCAGUACUGUGGUCUAUGUCUAUUUUUUAAACAAUCGAGUAUUCAUUUCAGGAUUGAUCCUGUGAGGUGCUGAGUACCCUAAACUCCAGUUGACUCUUGAAGGGACAAUGCUUCACAGGACCAGCAUCCUGCUGUGCUGCAUUCUUCCACAGUCUGCAGUGUUUAUCACAUUAUUAGAGCUUUUCACACUGGUCCCUUGAUUUUUUUCAGGAAUGCCUUCCAGACUUUCAAAGUCAAAUAGACUUAUUUAUGAGUGUAGGAAUAGCUGUGUCCCCCAUACAUUGCUACGCAUAGACGGAAGGUCGUAGACAGUUAGUAAUAUGGAAGCAAAAUAAAUUAUUCUGCUUAUUAACAAGUGACAAGUUGUCCCUAUUUCCCUUAUCACAUUCCCCGUCCCUAGCACUGAGCCCUCAUUAUGGAAUUCCACAAACACUUUUACAAUUUUUUACUUCUGCUACAAAUCUUGACUUUGUAUUUCAGCUUCUGAGUCAAAAAAUGAAGAGUGCUGUCGAUAAUCUCAGCUACCUUAGUUUAAAAAGGCAGCUUGUUCUGCAGGUACAUUUCCAAUCAUACUGCAGAAUGUGACAAUACUAAUUUCAGUGGGUGCCAUUUGAAAACUCAGGAUUUGCCACUCCAUGGUGACUAUUCAACACAUAUAAAGAUACACUUGUUAAUGCAUAUACAUAUGUGCUAUUACAAUGUUGAGUAACAAAGCAUUGAGUUAAGCCCUUUUGAAAAUCCCUCAUGUGAUGUUUACUGCAUCACACUUAUUACUUUAAACUUGGUAUUUGCAGAAUCCCAAGGAAAUACAGGUUUAACUACUAUGAAUGGUAACUCAAGAGUUUAGCAUGGCUCAGUGAAUUUUAAAAUGACUAUAAAAUUACAAGAUGACUCCUGGGUGAAACAGAAAACUAAAAUUCUACUUAAAUUGGUUUAUACAGUUCUUGCUUCAAAUGAAAUUCAAUGUAAAUGGAAGAUAUUUCCAUUAAGAAGUGUAUACAAAUGGUGCACCAUUUUGGAAAUGCUUUUUAAUCUAGGAAAUCUUUCUGCAUGACUAAUAAAAAUCUGCCGAAAAAUUAUUACCCCAAAUGAUUUCUUCUCAACUCAUGAGUAAAGGAGUGUAACUGAUGCAGAUACCUUGGCUGAUCUGCUCUUGUUAAAAAAUCCCUCACUUAGAAAAGGUUCUUUAACAACCUUACCCCAUUCUUCACUGACUUUUUGGAAAAUGGAGAAUGAACUAAUAACUGAACCCGCAUGCUUUUAUAUUAUGAUUUUUGGGGGAAAAUCUACCACCAAGGUUUACAAAAAAAAAAAAAUGACAACUUUUUAUAUGAAGUCUUGACAUGACACAUGAACUAUGUAUGUUUAAAUUUUUUAGAUUGAUACUGUAUAUUCCGUGUGUAGAAGCACAAACGCAUGUGCAUCAGUUUCCAGCCAUACUAUACACAAACAGUAUGAAAUAUGUAGGUUAAUUUUAAAGGGAAUGAGGAAUGUUUGUUUAUAAAAUACUGUAUACCCUAGAAGACGUGGGCAGUAUUAUAUGUAUAUAUUUAUUCUAAUUAAAGUUAAUAAUCAAUUUUUUUCUUGUAAAAAGAUUUAAGAAUAUGGUAAAUUGUAUAGAAACCUUGUUAAUGCCAAACUACUGCUUCAAGGGUGUCAUACAAUUUCUUUGACUUUUGGCCGCCUCCAUUAACCUUUGUAGCCCAAAAAUGCUAACAGCUAAUUUACUGCUACAAGUACUGUAAAACAUACUUAGCGUCUAACAUCCUCAAGUUAGAGUCUACAUGUAACUUAUUAUAAAGCAGAUCUUAAUACAACAGUAAUACUAUUUUUAUUUCAAGUACCUUAUUCUGUUUCAGGUUUGGGUACCAAGCAGAUAACUAAUUAAUAAAAUACAUUUUUGGAGGUUUACAAAAUUACUGAUUUCCAGACCAAAAUGAUAUGAUGUGAUUAUUGAGGAAAAUAUGGAAAUCCUUUUAAAGAGCAGUAUCACAUUCAUGACUCUGAUAUCACUGCUAUGAUUCAGUUUCCUGGUCUUUUUGAAUGUAAGAAAGUUGACAUCGUCAUUGUGAAUCUUUUAAAACUUUUUUUCGUUUUUGGUUUGAGCUUUCAGUGGCGUAGAGUAAAGGAUGGUAAAGUUGGUAAAUCAGAUUGUUCGGAAAGCUGUUGUUCAUGGCUGCAUUCCUUGUGUUGCACAAAUUAGCUAACUGUUGUUGAAUAAAGAUAUAAAUAUGUUAAUACCAGCUUUUUCAAUAAAAUG